AUAUAUUGAGGAAAAAAUUUAAAGGUAUUGAGGUAUUACUUUUGCCCUACGACAGAGAAUACUUAAUUUGGAUGUAAUAAAGAAGUCUAUCAAUUAUUCAUCUAAUUAAUAAGACUGGACUGCACAGGAUAAUAAAAUCAAGAAUAUGAGAACUGUAGUUUUUUGAUGGGAGAUUUAAUUCCGUUAUAUCUAUCCCCCGAGAUCGGUGUUUGCUAAUAAGCACAAGUCUGUAUAACAUCAGCCAUUUAUGGAGAUUUUUAGUCUCAACUAGACUAAUCAAAAAAGUCGAAUCAUGAUUUACAUUGCCAUAUUAAAAUACACAUUUGGAGUAGGACUCUUACUAAAUCUGCAUCAUGUCAGUCAUGUGCAUGGCGAAGUUUUCACUUCAAUUAGUCAACUCCGGGAGCUUGUGAAGGCGGAGCGAAAACUCAUGAAAAGCCUUGAUUUAUUCAUACAUGAAGAAGAAAUGAAGUUAGAGCAGUUGAAAUCAAUUAAGGAUGCCAUAGAAGAAGACAUUCCGAAAGUACAAGAUGCCCAUGAUUUCAUUGGACAUCCCAUAAAUGCCUUCCACCUCAUCAAAAGGGUAUCAGGAGCAUGGGCAAGUGUGUUCCACCAUUCUGGAAAUUUCGCACCAUACAAUGAAUUCAAAAUGGUCGCUGACGAAGUGUUGAAAAUAUUCCCACAGCAUCAAGAUUACCAUGGUGCAUGUCACGCAAUACUCAGAAUACAAAAUAUCUACAAACUUAAUACUACUGAUAUCGCCAACGGUAUCAUCAUGAACAAUAAAGCAAUGGAGCCUCUCUCUGCGGUCGAGUGUCUAGAUAUAUCAACGACCUCAACCAGAACACAAUAUUAUAGACAAGGACUUGAGUGGAUAGACAUAGCCAUGCAAAGAAAUCUAACAGUUCCAGAUAUACUGGAUGCUAAAUUAACAAUAGCAGACAUUUACAGACUGGAUGGAAAUCAUACAGAUGCACUUCAAAUUAUUCAUGAUAUACGGGCUGACGACCAAUACAAAGAUAUAUUGACAGAUGAUCAGAAAAGCAGAAUAAAGUUAACGGAAGCGGCUAGUGAACUUACUGUUGCACCUGGUGAAGCAUUUGCUCUCGAUUGGCUGGAGGAUUAUGGUAAACUUUGCAGAG